AUGUCUCGGCGCAAGCAGGCCAAGCCCCAGCACCUCAAGUCGGACGAGGAGCUGCCGCCGCCGGACGGGGCUCCCGAGCACGCCGUCCCCGGGGAAGGGGCCGACGAUGGCGACAGCGGCAGCGAGGGCCGGAGCGGCAGCGAGGACACAAACGUCUGCGAGAAGUGCUGCGCGGAGUUCUUCAAGUGGACCGACUUCCUGGAGCACAAGAGGAGCUGCACCAAGAACCCGCUGGUGCUGAUCGUGAACGAAGAUGAGCCGGCACCACCCUCUGAGGAGUUUCCAGAACCUUCCCCGGCCAGCUCUCCCAGCGACCGGACGGAGAGCGAGGCUGCGGAGGAGCCGGCCCCCCCAGACAGCGGUGAGGCUGGGGAGGUGAGGGCCCCGGAGAAGGAGGAGGAGCCCAUGGAAGCCGAGCCCUCGGGGGACAAGAGCUUCGCAAACCCGGGCCCCUCGCAUGCAGGGAAGCCGCCUCUACCUCAGAUCCCCGAGCCGGCCCCGGUGGCCGCGUACAGCAUGCCCAACACCAACGUGACGCUGGAGACGCUCCUGAGCACCAAGGUGGCCGUGGCGCAGUUCUCGCAGAACGCAAGGGCCGCGGGCAGCGCGGGCCCCGGCGGCGGGGUGACGGCGGUGGCCAUCCCCAUGAUCCUGGAGCAGCUGAUGGCGCUGCAGCAGCAGCAGAUCCACCAGCUGCAGCUCAUCGAGCAGAUCCGCAGCCAGGUGGCCAUGAUGAACCGCCAGCCCCUGCGGCCGCCGCUGAACCCUGGGGCGGCCCCUGCGGCCCAGAGCGCCCCGGUGCCGGCCUCCAGCCAGCUGCAGGGGCUGGCCGCCCACUCGGCCCUGCAGCUCUCCGCCGGCGCCCCCGCCGGGCCCGCGGCCCCCUGCCCCACCGCCCCGCCGGCCGCCUACGAGGGCGCCCAGCACCUGUCGCAGCCGGCCUCGGGGGCCAGCGCCCCACACGUGCCCAGCGGUGGCCCUUCCGUCCCCGCCGAGUCAGGCGGCCCGGCGUCCUCCGGCGCGGCCCCCACGCCCACCGCCCCGGCCCCCAGCGGCAGCGCACAGCCGCAGAACGCCUCCACGCCCCCCGCCCUAGGGCCGGGGCCCCUCCUCAGCUCGGCCCCCAGCCUGCCAAACCCACUUCUACCUCAGACCUCCGCCAGCAGCGUCAUCUUCCCCAACCCGCUGGUGAGCAUUGCGGCCACCGCCAACGCGCUGGACCCCCUGUCUGCCCUCAUGAAGCACCGCAAGGGCAAGCCCCCCAACGUGUCGGUGUUCGAGCCCAAGGCCAGCGCCGAGGACCCGUUCUUCAAGCACAAGUGCAGGUUCUGUGCCAAGGUGUUCGGCAGCGACAGCGCCCUGCAGAUCCACCUGCGCUCACACACAGGCGAGCGGCCCUUCAAGUGCAACGUGUGCGGCAACCGCUUCUCCACCAAGGGCAACCUGAAGGUGCACUUCCAGAGGCACAAAGACAAGUACCCGCACAUCCAGAUGAACCCCUACCCCGUGCCCGAGUACCUGGACAGCGUGCCCACCUGCUCCGGCAUCCCCUACGGCAUGUCGCUGCCACCGGAGAAGCCGGUGACCACCUGGCUGGACAGCAAGCCGGUGCUGCCCACGGUGCCCACGUCGGUCGGGCUGCAGCUCCCGCCCACGCUUCCCGGCGCCAGCAGCUAUGCGGACUCCCCCAGCCUCACCCCCGCGAGCCGCUCCCCGCAGCGGCCCUCGCCUGCAUCCAGCGAGUGCACGUCUUUGUCUCCCGGCCUCAACAGUUCUGAGUCGGGCGUCCCAGGGACCGCCGAGUCCCCGCAGCCGGUACUCAGCGGGUCCUCUCUGACCAAAAUGGAGCCCGCGAGCCUGCCUUGCGCCAACAGCAGGGCAGGGGACGCCCCCGCCAGCGGGCAGGUCUCCGCCACGGCCGCGUCGGCCACCGCCGCUGCCCUGACGGACAGCGGCGUAUCCACGGGCCUCUGCAGCCCGGUGCUCCCAGCCGGCUCCGACCAGUUCAAGGCCAAGUUUCCCUUCGGGGGGCUGCUCGACUCCAUGCAGACAUCCGAGACCUCGAAGCUGCAGCAGCUGGUGGAGAACAUCGACAAGAAGAUGACGGACCCCAACCAAUGCGUCAUCUGCCACCGGGUGCUGAGCUGCCAGAGCGCCCUGAAGAUGCACUACCGGACGCACACGGGGGAGAGGCCGUUCAAGUGCAAGAUCUGCGGGCGCGCCUUCACCACCAAGGGUAACCUGAAGACGCACUUCGGGGUGCACCGGGCCAAGCCGCCGCUGCGCGUGCAGCACUCCUGCCCCAUCUGCCAGAAGAAGUUCACCAACGCCGUGGUCCUGCAGCAGCACAUCCGCAUGCACAUGGGCGGGCAGAUCCCCAACACGCCGCUGCCCGAGGGCUUCCAGGACGCCAUGGACGCCGAGCUGCCCUACGACGAGAAGGCCGCCGAGGCCCUGAGCGGCUACGACGACGACGCGGACGAGAACUCCAUGGAGGACGACGCCGAGCCCCGGGAGGCGGCCGGCGACCCGCCCAAGCCGCUGCUGCCCUACGCGGGCUCCUGCCCGCCCUCGCCCCCCUCCGUCAUCUCCAGCAUCGCCGCCCUGGAGAACCAGAUGAAGAUGAUGGACUCGGUCAUGAGCUGCCCGCAGCUGACCGCCCUGAAGUGCAUGGAGAACGGGUCGGGGGACAGCGACCGCCUGAGCAACGACUCCUCGUCGGCCGUGGGCGACCUGGAGAGCCGCAGCGCGGGCAGCCCGGCUCUGUCGGAGUCCUCGUCCUCCACGCGCGCCCUGUCUCCCAUGAACAGCAACAGCGAGAGCUUGCACUCCAAGUCCCCGGGCCUCAGCGCCCAGGAGGAGCCCCAGGAGACGCUGCUGAAGACCGAGAGGCCGGACAGCCCCCCCGCCGCCCCCGAAAACGGAGGCGCGCUGGACCUCACGGCGGCCCAGCCCGGCCGUCCGGCCGUCAAGGAGGAGGCCCCCUUUAGCCUGCUGUUCCUGAGCAGAGAUCGGGGUAAGUGUCCGGGCACCGUGUGUGGCGUCUGCCGCAAGCCUUUUGCUUGUCGCAGCGCGCUGGAAAUCCACCACCGCAGCCACACUAAGGAGCGCCCGUUUCUCUGUGCGGUCUGCGGCCGCGGCUGCUCCACUAGGGGGAAUUUAAAGCAGCACUUGCUGACGCACGCGUUGAGCCAGCCGCGUUCUCAGUCAUUUGACCCCGACUUUGCCCUAGGUCCCGGCCAGACCACCGCUAGCCUGGUCACCGGCUCCGCGCCCACCGCCAUCAAAAUGGAAGUGAACGGGCACAGCAGGGCCAUUGCGCUGGGCGAGGGCCCGCCACUGCCAGCCGCCGUGCAGGUGCCCCCGGGGCCCCAGGCCGUGAUGGGCCCCGGCCUCGCGCCCAUGCUGGCCCCCCCGCCGCGCCGGGCGCCCAAGCAGCACAACUGCCAGUCAUGCGGGAAGACCUUCUCGUCGGCCAGCGCCCUGCAGAUCCACGAGCGCACGCACACCGGCGAGAAGCCCUUCGGCUGCACCAUCUGCGGCAGGGCCUUCACCACCAAGGGCAACCUCAAGGUGCACAUGGGCACCCACAUGUGGAACAACGCCCCCGCCAGGCGUGGCCGCCGCCUGUCCGUGGAAAACCCCAUGGCUCUGCUAGGUGGCGACGCCCUGAAGUUCUCGGAGAUGUUCCAGAAGGACCUGGCCGCGCGAGCAAUGAACGUUGACCCCAGCUUCUGGAACCAGUAUGCCGCGGCCAUCACCAACGGUCUCGCCAUGAAGAACAACGAGAUCUCUGUCAUCCAGAACGGCGGCAUCCCCCAGCUCCCAGUAAGUCUCGGCGGAAGCGCCAUCCCUCCCCUGGGUUCCCUGGCCGCCGGGAUGGACAAAGCGCGCACCGGCGGUAGCCCGCCCGUUGUGGGUUUGGACAAAGCGAACUCCGAAACAGGAGCCACGCGUCCGUUCACGAGGUUUAUCGAGGAUAACAAGGAGAUCGGUAUUAACUAGCUGCCCGCGCGGCUCGGCCCGUCCCCUGCCCCACGCACACGCCGUCGAGCGCGACCGUCAGGCUGUGCAGCCGUGCGUCCGAGUUCUCCUUAAAAUCGUACCCGUAGCAGAAACUACGUUCGCUGUGUGGCUGCCGGAAGGUCAUCGCGUGGGCCCUGCAUGGUACUUCUUCCCACGGUGAGCUGGACUGCGCUUGGGGACCCUCACCUUUUAGAUAAAUUUAAAUCAGAAAGAGAAGUCCUUGUACAACCGCCUUGGGAAUGGAAAGGGCUCGCACCGCAUCCGGUUCGUUCCUCCCCGAACCUAACCUCCCCCACCCCCAGAGGAGGGAGGAAACCUGUGCUGUUCCAGCGACACUCACUCGAAGGUUUUGUUCGAAUUAGUUAGAAACUUGAACUCUGUUUUUAGACUAUUAACUGAAAGAUGUGGUCCGGUACCCCUAGCACUGUGUCCUUCCGCAGCACCUUCGUCUGUAGUAUUUAUAACGGUAAGAGUAUGCGGGUAACAGAUAAUACAGCCCCGGACUUUAAAGGAAGCUUUUGUGCUGCGGAAUACAUCUGGUUAUGUGAUUUUUUUUUUUAAAGCAGAAUUUGUUUUACUAUAAAUAAGUGAGUAAUUUCAAUGCAGGCAAAUUGUGAAGUUACACUGGGAAAGAGCAUGCUUCCGUGUGCGACUACCUGUCAGUGACAAGCCUUUUUUCAUUUUCUUUUUUUUUUUUUUAAUUUAAAUGUUUGUAGCUGCUAUGUGGACAGUUGUUCCCUAGUGUGGUCUGUAGCCCAGCAAUUGGGGACAAGUUACAGACAAACGUCACCGUAAAUUAUUCACAACAUUAUAAACAGUUGUGAGGAAAUAUUUCACGUUAUGA